AUGGCUUUUGCAGGAGGUAUCCCGCUGGAUACCGCUGCCAUAAUGUCAACAGUGUUGGAAGGCAUUUUAUACGGUUUUUCAGUCCUCAUGUUUAUGGGCACAAUCUGGUCGCUGACCUACAAACAUCGCAUGCGGGACGUCAAUCGCCCAGUCACUGUCGUGGCUGUCUUGCUGUUGGUACUGAGCACCGCACACAUGGUCGUAAACAUUAUUCGGAUCGAUGACGGACUGGUGAGGUAUCGCGACACAUUCCCAGGGGGGCCAGUAGCGUUCUUCGGAGACCUUUCCCAACAAACUUUUGUGAUCAAGAAUUUGAUAUACACUCUGCAAACUCUGCUUGGCGAUGUGGUGGCGAUUUAUCGUUGCUACGUUGUUUGGCAAACUGUCUCGGUUAUCGUCCUACCGAGCAUACUGUGGUGUAGUGUCGCAGUCACUGGUGCUUAUUCGGUCUACGUUUUUUCACAAGCAACCACCACCUUAAUUAAUGGAAAUAUCUUCACCGAAGCGACUAGACAGUGGAUCGAGGCGUUUUAUGCCCUGACACUUAUAACUAAUUUGUUGAGUUCGGGAUUACUAGCAUAUCGCAUCUGGAAAAUCGAACGCAAUGUCUCUACCACUCGCGCUACAAAGGCCACGACGACGAGUAUAUUGCGCGUAAUCAUGGAUGCCGCUAUUUUAUACUCCAUAGCGCUCCUCUCCGUCCUAAUCGGUUCCCUCUGCUCGAACAAUGGAGCGUUCAUUGUGAUAGACAUGCUCACGCCGAUCAUCUCGAUUGCCUUCUACAUGGUGAUUAUUCGGAUAGCAAUCGGUAAAAAUGCUCAAAGUCAGCUCGUGACUGUCCGUGGACGGAUGGCAAGUGAGACGGAACGAAGAACCUUGCCGCAAUAUCCUAUGAAGCCUUUGCAGGUUCAUAUAUCCCGAUUUACGCAGAUUUACGAUGCCUCAGUGGACGGAACUGAGAAUCAGCACCAACCACUGACGCACAAGGAGGAGUCUUCGCAAGGAGGAUUUUGCGACGUGUAA